UACUACAGUUUGCGCAGUGAAAAAUAAAGUUAUUUUACAAUCGUAAUUUAACGAGUUUUUAUAAAUAAUAAUUAAUGUAAACAGUUUAAAUAUUAUAAAGUAUUUACGAAAGUGAAACAACUGAGAUCAGUGCGUAUCUUUAUAUGGAUGUGGCGCUGUGUGGCUAACCAAUUUUAAAACCUUUAAUUUUAAAUAACUCAAAAACUAUUAGCUUCCGGCUGGUAAAAGUGUAUAUAUUUGGAGAGGGGAGGACGGUACCACUUUUGCGCCAAAAUCGUUUGUCUCUAUUUUAAAGUUUUCCCUACGUCGGUGCUUCAAGCACUUCUCCGCCAAAGAUUUCACAUCAACAAACAUGAGACGUACUCGACUGACUUCAGAAGCAAAACCAUCGUUGAAUUCCCCUUCAAGUUCCAUUAACAGAACACAACUCGACGAAAGCAUAAGUUGCGUAGACAAUUAUAGAAAGAAUCGUGCGACAUUGGCGCAAUUGCUCUACCUUGUAAACUUUGCGCGUAAGCAUCCGAAAAUAAUUACGUCUAAAUUUGGACCUGUGAGUACCUUAUGGGAAGAAUUAGCCGACGAAUUGAAUUCUAUGGAAGGGGCAUAUCGAUCGGCUGAUAAAUGGAGAGAAUCUAUGAGUACGUGGCGAAGUCAAUUGCGGUGUAGAGCACGUCGAGGUAAAAGUAGUGGUGUACCUGAAUUUGAUGAAUUUGCUUCAUUUAAUUUUGGCCAGCAAGCACUAACGAGCGAUACGGAUGAAGUGGAGGACCGGAGUAAUGCAAUCAGAACUCAGAAGAAAUGUAAGGGCAUAUUCAAGCACGACGCUAAAACGGAGAUCGUACUGGAACCGGAAGCAGAUAUAGAGAUACAAAAGGAAAUCGUUCCCCCGACAGUCGGUUCUGCUUUACCGGAAGGACCCGGAUUUUCAUCCGGCCAAGGACUGUCACUACGACACAUGUAUGGAAAUGUUAUAAAUGUUGAUACAACAACAACAACAAUAAAAAAGGAAAUCGAUUGCUUUAACGAUGAUGAUAUAAAUAAAGUGACGGAGAUUUGCGAAGAUAUAUCAGAUGAAGAUUCUAAACCGGAUGCUAUUCUUGAUUUUGAAGCUGAAAUGGAUAUGAAAACUGAGAUUGAGCUAGCGAAUGAUGAAUAUACAACUCCUGAGCUGAACACCCCCACAUCAUUAAUAAAUGUGCCGACAUUGGGUUUUCCGGUCACUACACAGUCGCAAAUUUGUGUCACUCUUCAACCAAAUACUUCUUUGAAUGCAACAAUGCUGGCCUCUGGUGAAGCUGACAGAGUAACUACUUCGGAUAAAUCUAAAAAGUCGGUAGAAAAAGCGUGCAAAAAAAGGAAAAUUGCUGUUCUUCCCUGCCCAUCAGAUAUUACGAAUGCCUCAGAUGUGGGGCAUAAAGAAAGACGAGUCUUUACAAUCUCACCCCCAUCAACUUCUUUGAAUAUAUCUACGCAAGCCACAGUUGACACCGCUCAGGACGAAAAAAUUGUUCUUUCCCAUCCAUCUCCAACUACGGCAAAAGGUAAAAGAGAAAAUGCCCGCUCAAAAAUUACUUUGGAUCCCUCUUUGAUACCCGCAGAGGUCACGGGCACUGAAAGCUUUAACACGAAACAUUCUUCGCAUACGUCCGUACCUGAAGAUACAACAAAUGGAUCGAAAAAACGCAAGAUCACAUCUCUUAAUGAAAUGUACGAAACCGUUUUAAAGAGCAUAAAUAAGCGAGAUGAACGAGAAGAGCAAAUGAUGGGUAUUUUGCAAGGACUCACAGUUGCCGUAACAAGAUUGACAGAUAACGUUCAGAGACUAGAGGAAGUAUUGACAUUUUGUAAGAAUAAUUAAUAAAAUAAAAGGCAUUAAGAAAUA